AUGAAUCAAGACAUCGAAACCCUUAUUGGUCGGUGUCAGACUUGCCAACGGUACCAGAGGAAUAAUCAGAGGGAACCUCUCGAAGAUCGCACCAUUCCCACACGCCCUUGGCAAAGGAUUGGGCUGGACCUAUUCUACCUGAAGGGUGCCACUUACCUUCUUAUUGUUGACUAUUUUAGCAAAUUUGUCGAGCUGCAAUCAAUGAAUUCAACAGCAGCGCCAGCUGUAAUCAACGCUGUAAAAGCAGUCUGCGCACGGUUCGGGUUGCCCGACGAGAUCGUUUGCGACAACGGCCCACCUUUCGACUUUCGAGAAUUUAAGGGAUUUCUGUCAACUUGGCACAUAGUUCACAACCCUACAGCGCCAUAUAACCCAAGGUCGAAUGGCAUGGUUGAGCGAUCGGUACAAACUCUAAAACACUCACUGCUCAAGGCAUCUGAAGACGGUACCGACCACUUUCUCCAGCUGAAGCCCCAGUUUCCUUGCACCAAUGCCUACCGGCAGCUUAAGCGUCGUCAAGAAAGGCAACAAGUUCGUGGUGACAAGAAAACCAGAAGUCUCCAACCACUGCGGAUCAACCAGAAUGUCUGGGCCAAGCACCAGGAUAAGUGGGUACCCACUGUCGUUACACAAGUGAGACCUCAGAAGAGGACUUACACAGUUCGUACGGAAAAUGGAACUGUGUAUAGGCACAACAGAUUUCACCUGAAACCCUUAUACCCGUUAGAGGACAGCACGAAACAAUCGUCAGCAGAAGACUAUAUGGCUAUGGCUAUCCUCAGGAUCAGCAACAGCACGAUGAUAAUGCGGCAUCGGCACCAGGUACAACUACUAGGCCUGCUUCUGCAUCGCCAGUGCCAGAGCUGGAUCCUGCUACGACGAACGACCAAGUUCUGA